AAGGGAAGAGAAGAGACAGCAAAAGGAGGAAAAGGAAGCAGAGCAAAGGAGGAGAGAAGCCACACAGGAGUGGGUGACAGAAGAGACCAGAGAGGGCAGAUCUAGGGCAGAUCUGGGGUAGGGGCAGAUCAAGAAAGCAUCCCAAGGAGUGCCCCCAGAGCAGGGCCCCGGGGCGGGGAGCCAAGGGGGCGGGCCGGCCAUGUCCCACGGGACCUACUAUGAGUGUGAGGCUCGCAGUGGCCAGCAGCCACUAGAAUUCUCAGGGGGCCGCGCUGGGCCGGGGGAGUUGGGGGACAUGUGUGAGCAUGAGGCCUCCAUCGACCUCUCUGCCUACAUCGAGUCUGGGGAGGAGCAACUACUUUCGGACCUCUUUGCAAUGAAGCCAGCGCCUGAGGCCCGAAGCCUUAAGGGCCCGGGAACCCCUGCCUUCCCCCACUACCUGCCGGCUGACCCUCGGCCAUUCGCCUAUCCCUCCCAUACAUUCGGCCCAGACAGGAAGGCUUUGGGGCCUGGCAUCUACAGCAGCCCAGGGAGCUACGACCCCAGGGCUGUGGCCGUGAAGGAGGAGCCUCGUGGGCCAGAGGGCAGCCGAGGUGCCAGCCGAGGCAGCUACAAUCCCCUGCAGUACCAAGUGACACACUGUGGGCAGACAGCCAUGCACCUGCCCCCCACCCUGGCAGCACCUGGCCAGUCCCUGCGUGUCCUCAAGGCCCCUGUAGCUGCUGCUGCCCCUCCAUGCAGCCCCCUUCUCAAGGCACCCUCCCCAGCUGGCCCCUCGCACAAGGGCAAGAAAGCAGUGAACAAGGAUAGCCUCGAGUACCGGCUGCGACGCGAGCGCAACAAUAUCGCAGUGCGCAAAAGCCGGGACAAGGCCAAGAGGCGCAUUCUGGAGACGCAGCAGAAAGUGCUGGAAUAUAUGGCUGAAAAUGAGCGUCUGCGCAGCCGCGUGGAGCAGCUCACCCAGGAGCUGGAUACCCUGCGCAACCUCUUCCGCCAGAUACCUGAGGCCGCCAACCUCAUCAAGGGUGUGGGGAGCUGCAGCUGAGCCUGGCUGGAGGACUGUGGACACCAGUGUCUGAGGACCCCCCACCUUGCUAGGGUCCCAGAGACCUACACAGGCCAAGCCUAAGACAGAAACCACGACAAUGGCAGUCGCUGGCGAGGUCGGGACCAUAAUGAUUCUAUGGCAGAAUAAAUUGCACUGUGACUUG